AGGACAAAGCGAAGAAAUGCAAGGCUACUUUCGGAAGAAAAAGAUGUCAGAGUAAGUGCAGUGAAAGUUGGCAAUAAUUUUUUUACGUUUUUAUAUUUUGUUGAAAUGUCAACAAUGUUCUUCGCUGCUUAUUCAAACUGAAACCGUUGCCUUCCUCUUCAAUUUUAGGGAUCAAGGGCGAAGAUAGAACGAGUCUGCGCUCCGGCUGACUACAAGAUAAUGGAAGGUAUAUAUAGCGAUGAAUCUGUAGCUAUAAAUUCGACGGAAAGUUAAGUUCAACUGUUAGUAUGUCGAAAUAAUCAUCUCUAACGAGGAGUUUCAACAAAAGUCAGUUACGCACUGUUGCCUAAGACCUCUUGUGUCACUGAGGGAAAAAAAUCAAUCGCAUCAAACUUUGUUAAUUUCGGUUCAGCAACACCAGUUAUCUUUUUGCCAAAUUAUUGCCCGUUGUUCUUGAAGUGGUUAAAAGUGCAAACAGUUGCCCCUCCGGCAAUCUAAGGGUAAAGGAAUAUUAUUACAUAAAGGGAAAGCAAUGUUGCAUAUCUAAUAAGCUCGUCAUAAAAAGAUUGAUUAUCGCGGUUUUUCUUUAAAUUCUUUGGUUUUUGUGCUUAUUGCCGGAGAGCAAAAGACCAUGGUGAAAUAAAAAAUUUGUUUUGUGCUUAUCUACAGAAAUGGUUGUUAAACCUAUAAUCAGUUGAAAAUAUUUCAAGUUUAAAAGCCUUCUUAUCGAAAUUUACAUCCCCGUUUCAGGGCGCGCUAUCUUCUAGGGCAUGUUAUGCGACAGCCCGUUCAGAAUCACUGCAAAUUUUCUCCGCAACGAUGUUGCGCAAGUGCUGUUACAUUGGUGUGUUAGAUUAAAAUCUUCUUAUAUUGAGCAGAACUCAUAGAAGACCCGGUAAGCGAAGAAAAUGAGCGCAGGAGGAGAGCUUUUGAAAAGUGGACUGAGGAGUCACACGAAGAGUUUGCAAAUGGGUAAAUAUCUAUCGACUACGAGCAUAUAUUACUGACUUUGAGAGAAUGCUCAGAAACACGGAACAAAGAAAUAAUCUAAGUUCCCUAUAUGAGGAUCCCGACCCUUGACCCUUUCGUGAGCUAAGCCAUACGCUAUUUUUAUGAACAAAAAGUGUCCAGCGUGGUGUUACGAUCAGCUUCGUCAAAGGCUAAACGCGGUUUAAGGAGAAACCUACACUUCAGGUGUCUAUGACUCGCGUGGAAAGCGUGAGGUGAGAACUUGGAGAGGGCGAGGGGAGAGUCACGCGUGAGGGAAGUAGCCUCCUCCCGCAUAAAGAAUGCAAACAGAAAACAAACAAACAAACAAAUGACAUAUGUUGUAAAAGUCAUCUUUGUAGUCGAGAUUUCAAGGGUCUGGAAGAUAGUAAAUGAGUAUGACAAAACGCAUUGCUAUUUUUUCUUUUUAAAUAAUACUGUUUCACCAUAACAGAGAUAGUUAAUAUUUAAAAAAAUAGUUAUCUCAUUUAUUUGCAGACUGGCUGUACAUGGAAAGAAAUUCCGCAAAGUGGCUGACCAUCUUCCAGAAAUGGUAUGUAUGGCCCUGUAAAAGUUAUUAACCUGAUUCCGUUCGUGCUAAUCGUCAAACAAUGAUAUAACAUAUUUCCAAAGAAUUCAGUAAUUUGAGAUUGCCCAAGAUGCAAACGCUAGCUUUGGCCAAACUUUUCUUGGUGAGAAAUUUAUCUUUCCGUGAGGAGUCUAAAAUUAACCUGAGAUUUCAUUCAGUUGUUGCAAUUGCUUAGACCCCGUGAAAAAAAAUCUUUGAUUGGAAAGGGAUUCUUUCUUAAAUUGCAUUAGAGUCCUACGUCUAGAUAACAAUUAAGAAUAACAUUUUGAAACGCAUUUCGGUUCUUAGCCGUUUUUUAAUGAGUUCCUCGCCCCAAUCUCAGAUAAACCUCUCCCUGUGCCAUGAAAGGUCUGGGUACGAGACUUCCCCCACCCUUGUCCUAAAGCCCGUUGGAGCGUUUACCAUACUAUUUGAUACCGAGUGUCCUUCGGUUGUUUUUCAGACUGUAGCAGACUGUGUAGAACAUUACUACAUGACCAAGCCCUUUGAUUUCAAUUUUGAGGAUGUGAGUACAAAGUUAACGCGGUGACUUAGGGCACACAACGGCCAAUCAGAUCAAAGGUAGACAUGACAAGAAACCAAUGAGAAUUCAAUGAGUAAAAAGAACUAAAGUUAGCCGACCUCAAGCGCGGGAAAAUGCAAGAGACUACGCCACGAUUGAUCUAUGUUUGCAUCUAAUUGGUUCAAGAGAUGGCGCGAGUUUUCCAGACCAAUGACAGAGCGUGGUGACACAAAAUCUGGGCAAUUCCUGAUCACUUCCGGUGGCAAAAAUAGAUGGUUGCAUAAAUAUAUGAAUAAACAAAUAAAUGUUUAAAUUGUUAUUUAAUCAAAUUGACCGUGCAGAAAAGUAUUUAACUUGAUAUUCAUUUAUCUCACUUUCUGUUGUUUUACAAUCAACAGUGGCAGGCUAAUGAAAAAGCCAAAGACGACGGUUUAGAGCCUUCAUCAAUAGAGUGCAAAGGGAGCUCUUCCGAAGGGGCUGGAGCAUCAACUACAUCUGAGCCCCAGCCCAGCUCUCCUGUAAGUGAACUAUCGGACGCAAUAAGAGAGGAGAAACUUAACAUUUCUGAGAAGACAGAUUAAAUACCGAUGACUGAUACAAACUUUCAAAUGGUAAUCUGUUUUUAAGCUAUGUCGAUAAGUUUCAAGCGAGGAAAUAUCAAAUAAACCUUUGCUUAUCUAAUAAAAUCAUGAAUGAUCAGGAAGAACGAAGGUCGCGGAAACGUAAGUGUUAUGUACAAUCUCAUUUGGCUACAUUAAGCCGCCUUUCGACUAAAAGAUUACACACAUGGAGUCAAAAUUUUCGAUCGAUAGUGAAUACCUAGCCUAGUGAUCUUUUCAAAUUACAACCCUUUUGAUCUUGUUGAAAAGUACCCCUGUGGCUCGGGAGGGGGGUAGCAGGGGGGAAAACCCCGAUAGGAUUCUUCCCACAUAAUCAUUAGUGUCACCGGAAAGACUCCACUGGCCUGGCCGAGGAGCGGGAGUAGCAUGGAGGGAAAAACUUUGUGGAAUUUUUCCCUCAUUGGUUUUAUUUAGAGAAGAGAAACUUUAGCGAGAGAUUUAAGGUCAGAAAUCUGUAACAUCUAUUCAUGUUCAGGCAUUCAAGGCGUAAUUGCUAAAACGGGACAUCUGAAACGAAACUACAUCGUAAUCUGAUGCAAUGUUGCCCAGUUCCCCCUCGUCCAAACAUGUACCGCCUUGCAGGUUUCAUCAAUUUAUUGAAGUUGCCAGUUUGCAUCGGAUCAGUGAGGUUUUUUCGUUGUUUAAUUACGAGAAUGUCAAUAGCAGCCGUUAGAAGUGUCGAGGGCGAAGACUAUUUAAUAAUUUCUUUCACCUUUGAUGGUAAAGAUCGAAAAAUGCAGCGCAGCAAGAAUGAAGUCCUGUCGAAGGCUUUGACGAGAAUCGAACUUUCCUCGAAGAAGAAAGCGAAAAAGGUGAAAAGGAGUGCUGAUUACAACGAAAUCGGCGGCAGUUUAGAAGGAAAUACGACUCUCUGGUUCAAUGGUCAACCAGUCGACUCGAGUCUUACCAAUGAAGCCGCUUGGAAGGAUGGAGCAAUAUUGAAGAUCGGAUCAGAAGCUUUCACUGUGGAGAUAAAUCCUCCGACGGUCACUUCUCUCAUUCUCCCCACUAAUAUGAUGUCAGGAUUCCCUGUAAUGCCUUCUCUUCGAAUGGAAUUUGGCGACAAACAGUUUUGUCGCUAUAAAUGGUUUAAAUCCUCAAAUCAUAGUGACGAACAGGCAAGUUCAGUACCAGCUUCCUCACAAGAAGUCUUGAGCUGGGAGGAAGUUGGGAAUGACUUCUUGUACACUCCUUCUGUACUUGAUGUUGGAUGUUAUCUCAAACUAGCUUGUGCACCAGGAAAUGCCGAGAAAAUCAGUAGCAUCACAUCCGAAGCAACAACUUCUGUAACAGUUGCUGCAGGCCCAGGAACAUGCCCCUUUGAUGCCAGACACAUGUACACUAAAAAGAAAACUGCUGACUCCAGCACAUUUAGGGUUUUGUCAUAUAACAUCCUAGCAGAGGCAUAUUCCAAGGAAGAGUUUGCGCAGAAGAUUCUGUUCCCAUAUUGUCCACCAUACGCUUUGGACAUUAAUUAUCGUCAGCAGUUACUGCUUAAGGAAAUUCCUGGCUACAAUGCAGACCUUAUUUGCCUUCAAGAAUGUGGGUCGAAAUUGUUUGAACAUAAUUUAAAACCUGCUCUUGAAACAAUGGGGUUUAGAGGUCUUUUACGAUGUAAAGCUGGAGAGGUUCCAGAAGGAGAAGCCACAUUCUUCAGAGAGAGCAAGUUUGCUUUGAUAAGUCAGCAUGACAUUGUGUUAAAUGAAGCCCUCCUCGAUGAUCCUGCUCAAGCAGUAGUCUUAGAUCAUGUCUCAGCCAUUCCAAUUUUACGUGAAACUUUGCAGAAGAGAAAUGCAGUGGCUCAAGUUUCAAUACUCAAAGUUUUGGGUAUUGACAAUCAAUAUCUCUGUGUAGCUAACACACAUCUUUACUAUAAACCAACUUACCCUCAUAUAAGGUUGCUUCAGGGUGCAAUCAUUUUAAAUCACUUGCAGGAAGUCAUUUCACAGUUCACUUCUAACAGCAUGAGCAGCAAUUCCAAUAAGCAAGAGAUUCCAAUGAAUACCACCAACGCAGCCGAUUGUGAGUCCCUCCAGGUAACUAAAGAUGGAAUGCAUGAUCAGCCACAGAUUGCUGUGAUAUUCUGUGGUGAUUUUAACAGUCUGCCAAGAAGCGGAUUGGUUGAACUUCUCACAACCAGUCAUAUUGAUUCUUUACAUCGAGACUGGACAGUAUGUGAGGAUAAGGAAGAACAUUGCACAACCUUAAAUAUCAGCCAUGAUUUUAAUCUUUUGUCAGCAUGCAGUUUUCCUCCAUUUACAAACUACACCGGUGGUUUUAAAGGAACAUUAGAUUAUAUUUUUGCUGAUGGAAAGUACCUUGAAGUGGAAUCAGUUCUUCCCUUGCCAAGUGAGGAGGAACUAUCAUGGCAUUUGGCAUUGCCUUCUGUUGUCAUGCCAUCAGAUCAUUUGGCAUUGGUCUGUGAUCUUAAGUGGAAGUUGUGA